AUGGUUGGGGAAGGCGGCACCAACAGCAGGAUGGGAGGUGCUGAUAAAGUCAUAGUGGCGGUCAAAGCAGAGAAGGUGAUCUCAAAAACGGCAUUGGCCUGGGCUCUCACUCACGUCGUUCACCCGGACGACUGCGUAACCUUGCUCGCUGUUUUCUCCGCCGUUAAAACCGGUAACAAAUUCUGGAACUUUCCGAGAUUCACCGGAGAUUGCGGUAGCAGUCGUCGGGAGGAUUUGCCGGAUCGGAUUUGCCAGAUCUCGGAGUCUUGUUCGCAGAUGGUGCUUCAGUUUCACAGCCAAAUCCAGGUAACAGUGAGGAUUAAGGUAGUUUUAAGUACACCAGGUGGUGCUGUGGCGGCUGAAGCAAGAUGCAAUGGAGCCAACUGGGUCGUACUGGACAAAAAAUUGAAGCAAGAGCGGAAGCAUUGCAUGGAAGAACUUGGAUGCAACAUCGUGGUGAUGAACGGAUCUCAGCCUAAAGUCCUGAGGCUCAAUCUAGCGUGCCAAGAUGAACUCCAAACACCGUUCUUUUCUGCUGCUUCUUCACCAGGAACUCAUGUUGGAAAGUUGCAAGGGCUUUCUAGAAUGAAGCACUCCACUCCAGUGAGCAGUCCUGAAGAACCAAGUACCUCCUACACAAGAACCACAGGAGAAGGCUCUUCAUCAAGUUACGACACUGUGACUUCUCUUUUUCUUGUCUAUGAACAGAAUCCUCUUUUUGAAGGACCACAAAGAGGAAACCACAGACGAAAUUAUUCAGAGGAUCCGUAUGAAGAGCUUGAGACAAUUGGAGAAAGGCUUAUAACUCUGUCUAAACCCCGACCGUCAUCUGUAGUUACUACUCAGAGUGUCUUUUGGAUCCCCCCAAAUCACAUUGUGGAUCAUGGAAAUCCCCCAACGCCCCAAAAUUGUAACAACGCUCACAAAGUAAGAUCUCCCACUUUCCAAACUCUGUUUGACGAGCAUGCACAAUUUGAUCAAGAUACAAGGAAAGAUAAACAUGGGCCCAAGGACACCCAUCACAAAAGCUACCUUAUUAAUUCAAGCAUCAGGGAUGCUGUUUCUUUGGGUAGAACCUCCUCAGUACCUCCUCCUUUAUGCUCUCUUUGUCAACAUAAAACCCCGGUUUUUGGGAAACCUCCAAAACAGUUCUCUUACAAAGAGUUAGAGGAAGCUACAGAUGCAUUCUCAGAUAUGAACUUUUUGGCAGAAGGUGGUUUCGGUGUUGUGCACAGGGGGGUAUUGAGAGACGGCCAAAUUGUUGCUGUGAAGCAGUUGAAGUUUGGUGGUUCUCAAGCAGAUGCUGACUUUUGCAGAGAAGUGCGAGUAUUGAGCUGUGCACAACACAGGAAUGUUGUGUUGCUCAUUGGGUAUUGUAUUGAAGGCAAGGCAAGGGUAUUGGUUUAUGAGUACAUCUGCAACAGUUCUUUGGAUUUCCAUUUACAUGUAAACAGAACCUCUCUGGAUUGUGAAUCAAGGCUAAAGAUAGCAACAGGAGCAGCUCGUGGUUUACGGUAUUUGCAUGAAGAUUGUAGAGUGGGAUGUAUAGUACACAGAGACCUGCGACCCAACAAUAUCCUUCUAACCCAUGAUUUUGAACCUCUGGUUGCUGAUUUUGGGCUUGCUAGAUUGUACUCUGAAUGGGAGAUGAGCAAUGAAGACCGCGUGAUUGGAACUUCAGGGUAUCUGGCACCGGAGUAUGUUGAUGGUGGGCAAAUUACACACAAAGUUGAUGUUUAUGCAUUUGGAGUAGUUCUAUUAGAGCUUAUGACAGGUAGACGAAUCAGUGAAUUGCAAUAUGUCAAGGGACAUCAUAUUUUGGAAGAAUGGUUCCACCCCUUAGCUACAUUAGAGCCAAACCACAUCUUCUCAAAUUCCUAUCAGUUACUGGACCCAAACUUGGCCUCCCCUGAAAAUCUCGACUUGCACCAUCAACUACAGACGAUGGCGAGUGCUGCUUCUCUGUGUCUGCGUCGAGAUCCUGAAUCUAGACCGCCAAUGUCGAAGGUACUGAGAGUGCUAGAAGGAGGAGACCCAGUUGUUCCUCUGGGCCUAGACCUGAACUCAGUUGGUAGUAGAAGUGGUCAUUUGAACGGUCUAAGGUCACAAAGGCAACCUGAAGCAAGAGGAAGCCAUUCUCGUACACUAUCACAUUGA